UCGCUUGGCAUCGCCCCAUCUCUACGCCUGGAAUUUACUAUGGCGCCUACAUUCAUAGACCUUCCUGUUGAGAUCCUCGAGUCCAUAUUCAUCCAUCUCGAUGCAACAUCGUUGAUUUCCGUAUCCCUGACAAGCAGGACCGUGAAUGAUUUUACCAGCAAUGUCCCUGUAGUAUGGCGAAGCUUCUGCAAGACUCACUUCAGGACGUGGGCCUCGCAUCAUCACAUAGCGGCCAAAUUCGCUGGUCCCCUCUCCGACGUGGACUGGCGUGCCCUCUUCGUCCAGCGAGUGAGGACGAACAAGGAAACAAACCGACUGUUUGAAUUGGUCUUGAGCUCCCAACUAAGCAGGAUACAACACAUGAAUGAAAUUGCCAAUUUUGGAUCCGACGCCUGGGAAUCAUUGUACGAGCAAUCCGUAUGCUCUAGAAGCAUGCCAGAUGUGCUGGCAAGAGAAUACUAUGCGAAAGCUAUCAUGGGUAUGAUUCAGCGCGAAUCUGCAAUCAAAUUAUGGAAAAGGUUGGACCAAGGUGAAGACAUUUCCCUUGAAACGGCUCUAGGCGCGUACGAUGUCUUUACCUCCAUCUCCUCGUUAGUCGACUGGGAAUCCAUCGAUCGAGAUAUCAAUCGUCUCGCAGGAGAACUCUUGGAAAAUCAUCCCACAUUUGCCACUGCAAGCGCUCGGGUCAAAGCCUCCAUACUGGCAGGCUUUCUACAUACAAAAGGCUUUCGAGGCGUUUCCGAUGCGUCCUACCGCGCUCUCCGCAAUAGCUUUAUUGGCUACGCGUUGCACAAUCCACCCCAUCAGUCACUUCCUUUGAUAUCAGUUGCUAUAUUCUGCGCCCUGGCCAAACGCCUCGGUCUCGAUGCUCGGCCUUGUGGUUUCGUAUUUCAUGUCUACUGCAUCGUGUAUGCGCCUAAAGACUAUGAUCUCAACGGACUAUACAAACCUACUAGCUCCUCUGAACUACACUCCAUGUACCUGGAUCCUUUCCGAUCAUCCGACGAAGUCCCUUCUGCAGAUCUUCAACGCGUGCUUCGCCAGAUGGGAGUUCCAAGUGCUGAGCACACGACUUUUCUGUCCGAUACCACGACGCGUGAGAUGGUCCUACGCACCGCACGCAACAUCAUGAACUCAGUACAAACGAUUCGUCAAGGUAACACUAGCAUAGACGAUGGCAUCGCAUGGGCCAAUUCGUCCCCGGAUAUAGACACGGCCUUUUACGCUACAAUCUGGUCCAUGAUGAUUCUCUCCCCAAGUACCGCCACAUCGGGCCCCGCAAACACUCUAAUUUCCACAACGCCACGCCGUGGACAGUAUCUGCCGUAUCUACUUGAUCACAUGCAGAUUCACCAACCAUGGGACGUCUCGCUCCUCGAGCGUCACGUGGUCCCCUACUUUGCGAACUCAAACAACCGCGAAGGCGCGCAGUUGGAGAAAUUCGCUAGGACUAUACGCACAAACGACAGACUGGCCAAACCCGUGAAAUCGCGCGUAUCACAUGACCCGACGGAUGAGGUCGUAUAUUAUCAGAUUGGUCAGCUGAUCAAACACGUGCGAUACCAGUACGAAGGCGUCAUUAUAGGCUGGGACACAUCAUGUGAGCAGGAUGAGGAAUGGAUACAGGUGAUGCAGGUAGACACGCUAUCUGCUGGGCGUAACCAAGCUUUUUACCACAUUCUGGCUUCUGACAAAUCCCUUCGCUACGUUGCGGAUCAAAACAUCAUCCCAACGGGAGCGACAUCAGAACCGACGAAUGCCAUGCUCAAGUUGGCAGGCCGCUAUUUCAAGCGUUGGGAUAGAAGCACAGGGUGCUUCGUAAGCAAUAUUAGGGACGAGUAUCCGGAAGAUUGA